AUAUCGAGCGGAUGAUCGAAUUGUGCUGAUUCAUUUCACUAAAUACAGUUCCAUAUAUGGAGUGAGAACAGAUUUGAGUCAUAACAAGGCAGCAAUUAAAAGAAGCAACACACGUCUCUUGCUCCAAACAGUGAAUACAUAUGUUUUAUAUUCCUGCACAAGUCAAUUGGAAGCGCCAAGAAACAAUGAAUCCGCAUCGAAACAAAGGAACUUUGGGUGGAAGAGCCAAGAAGCACAAAUGCAAACAAAAGCAAAAAAAAGUGGAAAUCAAACAAGAGCCGGAUAUAAAGCAAGAGCCAAGUGACGGUGCUUAUUUGAUUCAAUACAUGCCGUCAUCGCCCCAAACCACAACGAAUGCAAUCAUCAAGUCGGAAAGCGAGAGCGAUAGUGAGGUUGAUUUGGAAACUAAGCGGAGUUAUAUGAAGAAAGAGGUCAAAAGCGAAGACGAGUGUUCGAAGAAGGAAUGUGACGCGACAAAGGAUGGAGAUGGAAUGACAAAUGAUGACCAGGUUGGUGAAAGCUCAAAUGCUCCAAAACGAUAUUUGAAUGGCGAUCAGCACAAAAAACGACAAACAAAACGAAAGAAGUCAAAAAACGCCAAGAAUGGCAGCGUGGCUAAAACUACAAAAUCAUCGAAGCAUCAGAAGAAACACAAAUGUAAUUUCUGUCAUUAUGUGACAUCGAAAAAAUCAAAUCUAACAGAUCAUAUUCGUACCCACACCGGUGAAAAGCCGUUCGCAUGUGAAAUAUGUGGCAAGGCUUUUACACGAAAGGAUCAUUUAAAUGGGCAUAAGAAAAUCCAUGCACCAAAACAUCCAUUCUCUUGUUUGAAGUGUCGACGUGGUUUUGCAAAUAAAAUCGAUAAAAUCAACCACGAAAGCGAAUGCAAACAUCCUCAAUAUGCAUGUCAUUCAUGCAAAAAUGCCUUCCUUCAUUUGAAAUCUCUCAAGCAACACAUGCGAAACCACAGUAGUAAGAGACAAUUUAGAUGCCGUGUUUGUGCUAAAACAUUUACCCGCAAUGAUUAUCUUUCCGCUCAUUCACGCACUCACAUCAAACAACUUCCAUUUGAUUGUGUUCGAUGUGGUCGAAGAUUUGCCGAUGCAAACGAGAAACAAUCGCAUGAGGAUCAUUGCAAAUGCCGGCGAUACGAUUGUUAUCUUUGCCCUUUCAAAAGCUUUCGAAAAUAUCAAUUGAAGGUGCACAUGCAAGUCCAUCACACUGGCGAGAAACAAUUUAACUGUGGUAUUUGCGGAAAGAAAUUCGUUCGAAAAGAUUAUCUCAAGCAGCAUUUGGAAACACAUUCAAAACCACAACCAUCCCGUUGCUCCAAAUGCUUUAAAUCAUUCGCAAAAGAAGACGAUAAGAAUGCACAUGAAGAACGCUGCAAGCAUCACCUUUAUCAGUGUUAUUUAUGCAGAGUUUUAAAGCAUCAAUCACAAAAUUUAAAACUUCACAUGCGAAAUUAUCACACUGGCGAAAAGCCAUUUCCAUGCAAACUAUGUGACGGUCGUUUUUCGCUACUUGGUAGCGCUAAUAAACACAUGGAAAAGGUACACGGUUUUAAAAAAUGAUUACAAUAGUAUUUCAUCUCAAAAUCAAUUCAUAUAAACGUUGAUUAGCAGCAAAUUAUCAAAAUCCGAUUUUCUAAUUUAGAAAAAUAUUUCUAUGUCUAAAAAAGAUCAACACAUGUCAAUUAACUUUUUCUAUCUUGAAUUUCACCUUCGAUCAAGCUAGAGAAUAAGAUAUGAAACUUUUAAUAUCAAGAAAUUGA